CCACCGUCCACCCUCCGUACAUAACCUGCCACUCUCCCCCGGACACUCUCUGCAAACAACUCACAGCUGCUUCCUGGACUCCUCGUGCUCUUCCUGCAAACGCCAUUGACUCAUUUACACCAUUCUGCUCUUCCCCUACUCAGCACUUCUUUUAUCAAUCCACUUCUUAGCGUACGCAUUGAACAACUUCAAACAACCCAUAACUACACUAUGGCUACCCCAACGAUACCCCCGCGUCCCUCACGCUCCCAGAACAAAUCCCCGAGCGGCACCGCCAACAUGGACGUGCCCAAGAUCCCUCCACGACCCGCCAAGCGCAGCGUCGACCGCUCCAUCUCGCCCCAUCGAGACACCUUCGCCCGCUCGCCCUUGAACGAUCCGACCUAUCUCCACAAUCAGGAUAGCAGGGGCAGCCGUCUCAGCGUCGAACUGCCUCCUAGACCCCCGAGUGUGACUCUCCCGGAGCUGGGCCAGGAAGGGCUGGAAUAUGCCAGCCUGGAGGACCUCAGUAGGACUCUGUCCAAGGACGAGGCCUCUGCACCACCCCAGCAGACGAAGAACAUUGCUGGAGAUCUUCCGCUCCAUGCCCCAAAGGCGUCGGUGCCGAGCUCGACUGCGAAGAGCAGGAUUCAGACCGUCACCCGCACCGACUCGAGUCAGGCUGCCGCCGCUGGCAUCGGCAAGCUGGCUCCAGACGAGGGUCCCGAGGGCACACGCUCCGGCUCCUCGGCCGGGAAUCGCUCUCGACCAGCCUCCGUCUACAGAGGCGACGAGCACGAGGAGCACGGCAUUCCCGAAAUCGGCGUUCAGGUUCCCAUGUAUCCAAACGCGGGAGACGUCCAGGCUCCGACGCCAUCGCCCUACCAACAGGCUGGUUCGAGUGGAGUCGGUCCCUCCAACAAGGGAGGUCUGCCCGCUGGCCGCCACCACGGACGCACCAAGAGCGGUCGUGAGAUCUUCUAUGGCCCUCCGGGUAGCUACGGUCUCCAUGGCCAUGGUGUCAUUCCGAACGAUGAGUUCGAGCAGCAGUGGUAUGCGAAGCAUCCAGAGGAGUUGAAACUUGAGCAGCAGGGCGAGUAUGGGAGGCAUAUUCGGCAGGAUCGCAAGGAGUAUCAUUGGGUUACGGAUGAUCUGGAUAAGCUGGUGCAUUCUUCAGCUGCUACGGGAGCCGGCCUUGGUACCUCGAGAGAGGCCAUUGGCACUCCCGACGAGCAGAUCGGAUACCUGGCCAGCGAGGAGUUUGCGUCGCGUAUAACGUCCCCCAAGCCUCCGUCGGGUCGUCCUGGCUCAAUUACCGCCCAGGGCGGAGUCCAUGGGGAAUCUUCACUUCGGAAUGAAGCUCAAUCCCCGGAACAGGCUAAUGAGGAGCAAGCUGAGGUUGAGGAUACAGGGGUUAUUCAUAUCGAUCCGCCCUCGCAUCCUAGUAGCAGAAUCCACGGCGGAGGAUACGACCCGCCUACCGAAGAUCUGGGUCCUCACGGGGGCAACACGCAGGAAGAAGGUGGUUUGAUCACCGAGCGCGGCUAUGGAGUUCCCAUCCUCGCGUCGGAUGAGGUUCAAAAGCACCCCGAGGUUGUCUAUCGUCAACCCGCCGUGAGCCCUGAGCUUGAGCGCCGUGCUAGUGGCGAGUUCUCCCUCAACGAGCCGGACGGUCGACACUAUGUGACCAAGCCUCGCCAGCAGAGCAGGAGCUCGAGUCGUGGCGCCAGCAACAAACUCACUAGGAUCGCGAGCCCUUCGGAGCAGUACGAUCGCUCCGGUACUCCCUUGGAGCCUAUGAUAGAGUACGAGCCACUCUUUCCUGAGGAUGAUGAGGCAGACAAGAAACCGAAGCCGGCUGGGGACAAGGUGAAGCGUCCCGAGAGUGCUCGCCACCACUUCCCCAGUCAGGAUGUGUGGGAGGAUGCUCCUAGCAGUCUGCAGCUCGAGACGACCGUUGAGACCCCGCAAGUGCCCGAGGAACCCAACGACGAGCGGACCGACCAGGAUGCUGGAACAGCCUUCGAGGAUACCAAGGCGGAAGAACGUCGCAAGGAUCAGGAGCCUCCGGAGGAGGAGAAGUCUUUCCUCCCUGACUACACGAAGCGCUUGGCUAACAAGCACCUGAACAAAGAGCACUUGGGUGGUAGCCGUCCCAACAUGCAGCAACGCUUCCCUAGCCACGAUGUCUGGGAGGAUGCUCCCGACUAUGGACAGCUCGUCACCACCGUCAGCACUCCCCAGACCGAUGACAACAACGAGUACGCGGAUAACUCUCCAGUCGUGGACAAGCCAUCCCCCUUCGCGGCCGCCAAACCUACCGUACCCGCCCGGCCUGAAGCAAAAGAAAGCUCACCUACAGAGAAGAAGGCUGCGCCUGUCAUUCCCGAACGCCCGAAACCCUCGGUCCCUGCUCGCCCAACUAAGCCCGUAACCAAAUCCUCGGAGAAGCUCGCCACCCUCGAGUCUCAGGGCGCAGAAUCCGCCGCUCAGCCCAAACCUAAGCCUCAAGUCCCCGCGCGUCCCACAGGCUCCAAGAUUGCCGCCCUUCAAGCCGGCUUCCUCAAAGACCUAAACAACAAACUCGGUCUGGGUCCUCAGGCGCCAAAGCCUAAGGAACCGGAGCCGGAGAAGGAGGAAGAGCAGGAGGCAGCUAAGCCGCUGCAGGAUGCAAGGAAAGGAAGGGCGAAGGGUCCUCAGAGGAGGAAGCCGGCGAGGUCACCGUCUGCGGCUGCCGAGGGUACGGCCGCUGCUGCGAAGGCAGAGAUUAUCAAGUUGGAUACCUCGAGUAUUACGACUGUUUGGACGAUUGAGGAGGAUGGGAAGGUGGAUGUUCCGGCUGCGAGGAUGGCGGAGAGCAUUCAGGCUGCUCUGAAGGGAACGGGGAAGGCGGAGAAGCCUGAGGGUGCGCGGGAGGAGGAGGAAGAGAAGGGAGAGGAACCCGAGGCUGGAGAGAAAGAGGCAAAGCCAGAGGAAGAGCCCGAAACGAAACCCGGCCUCCUCGCCGGAGCCACCAAGGCUGUUACCGACACCAUCAAGUCCGCCGUCACCGGCACUGCUUCGUCUUCCGAUGAUCAGCCUAUCAACACCCCCGAGUCCUCUGACGCAGAGCCAAAGGCGCAAGAGGAGACUGGCAAUAGGGAAGGGCUUACCCCUAAGCAGUAUGCGGCUGCUACGCAGGGCCCGACACCGGGGAAGAUGCACCGUGCGACGCCCGCGCCAGGGGAGGUGCCUACAAGUGAGCCGGUGGAUAUGGCGUUGAUGGAGGAGGGCAAGGAUGCGGAGCGGGCGGAACUGGGCUUGUAGGUAGGAUGAUGUGAGGAGGAAAUGGAAAUGGAAAUGGAAAUUCGGGAAUGGGCUUGAGGGUGAGAAAGCGACUUGAUCGAGGAGGGAAGAGAAAGGACUGGGAGGCGUUUGCAUUGUCCGGUAAUUGCCACUGCUUAGAUUUUCGCUUUGCGAAUCGCGUACGGGAAUGGACUGAUGUUUGACGUUUGA